AGACAGUUGCCUUGGCAGCAUCGACGCAAACAGUUACAAAUUGUGCAAUUCGGCCACAGGUGUACAAUGUCAACUUGAUCAAUGAUGGACCUGGCUAUCAUCAUUUGUCCACUCGUGGCUUUCCUGCUCUACUACAACACGCUGCAGGCCGGAUUUGUAUACGAUGACAAGCGGGCCAUUUUAGAAAACGCGGACGUUACCGUUGCUUCCGAGUCGUCCACGUUAAGCGACUUGAUGCUACACGAUUUCUGGGGCACUCCGCUAAACGCUUGCGGCUCUCACGGAUCGUACCGCCCCUUGGUAACGCUAUCCUUUCGCUGGACCGCACACCUGGUUGGAGUCAAUCAUGCCUAUUGGUACCAUUGGACAAACGUCUUGCUUCAUUGCGUCAUUACAGCUGCGGUGACAGCGAUGGCCGGAAGAGCAUCAACAUUAUUCCUACAAGAAAACAACCAAAAUGAAUUGCGACACGGCAUGAACUAUGUCACUGGUUUAUUGUUCGCAGCUCACCCCAUCCAUUGCGAAGCUGUGGCUGGAUUGGUCGGACGGGCAGAUUUGCUAUGCACUUUCUUCGUCUUAGCCGGCCUUGUCAAUUACACUAGACGGACUAGCUUAACGAUGACGUUAGUUUUGAAUUGUGCCGCGUUCUUUAGCAAAGAGUACGGCAUCAUGUUGACGCCCAUCUGCCUCCUUUACGACGCCGUACUUGCCAUUCACGGCCAUCCUCGACCGUCUAAACGAAACAAUGGGAUGUUGUUCAAACAGGCUAUUCUUGUCCUGUGGUCUGUUGUUUUGGUCGCAUACCGAUUCUGGAUAUCCGACUUCCAGACACCGCAGUUCGCUAAGGCGGACAAUCCAACAGCUGCAUCGCCGUCAUGGACAACUCGCACCCUCACAUUUCUCUAUUUACCUGCAUUUCACUUUGGACUAUUGGUGUAUCCGCGUUGGCUCAGUUUCGAUUGGUCCAUGGACGCCAUCCAGCCAAUCACUUGCGUAAACGACAUCCGCAAUUUAGCCACGCUAAUUUUCUACGCAAUUCUCGUCACGGCCGUCCGUAAAACUGUCAAACAGCACAGCGAAAACAAAACACAGAAGAUUUUAGCAGCUUUGGCAAUCAUCAUUACGACAAUUCCAUUCCUCCCGGCCACCAACAUGUUUGCAUACGUUGGGUUUGUUGCCGCUGAACGGAUUCUUUAUUUACCUUCCGUCGGUUUCUGUCUCCUCGUCGGAAUCGGAAUGCAAAAAUUGCUCGUCCAGCAGUCUAAUCGAACAGUCAUCUAUGUUUCCGUCCUGAUUGUGUUAUUGGCUUGGGGGCGGCGAACGAUGCAGAGGAAUAACGACUGGAUCGACGAGGAACACCUGUACCGAUCCGGCAUUGAAAUCAAUCCGCCUAAAGCGUACGGUAAUUUGGGCGUCGUUUUACAAGAAUCUGGUCGAUUGGCUGAAGCCGAAUGGAAUUUCAAACAAGCUCUAUCCUACCGACCCAACAUGGCAGACGUACACCACAAUCUUGGGAAUCUGUUCCAGCAACAGGGUAGGUACGAAGAAUCUCUACAAGCGUACAUUAUGGCCAUUCUUCAUCGACCACAGUUAGCUGCGGCUUAUUCCCAAAAGGCCAAAGUGCUCUACAAGUUAAAACGCUGGGCAGAAGCGGAAAGGACUUUAUUGGCGUGCAUCCAAUUAAAUGGACAUUUGCAAAAAGACCCCAACGCUCACCAAUCAGCAGAAGUAUCUGCCACCAUUCAGAUGGCAGAUCUUUUAUCGCAAAACGCAUCUCGUGCAAAGGAAGCUGAAGAUUGGUUAUUACGAGCACGCACAUUAGCGCCACGAAACCCACUCGUCUACUAUCAAUUGGGUGAAUUCCUAUCUGCCCGGUUGAGACACGACGAAGCCGCAGACGCGUUUACGCAGGCCGUCCAAAUGAAACCUGACAGCAUUGCGUGGACUGUGGCUGCCGCUCACGCCCUACACGACGCCAGCCGGAACGAUGAGGCCGAGGUUUACUUCCGCCGAGCCGUUGCUCUUGUGCCCACGGAUGUUUCUCAUAGAACGAAUUUAGGUGCCGUGCUACACGUUCAAGGUAAAUUCCAUGAAGCUGAACAAGUUUACCUGAAGGCUCUUCACCUGUCACCCAAUCAUCCAUUGGCCACGGCUAAUUUGCGACGCCUGCGCAUUUCACGGAACAAAUCCCACCAAAGCCGUAACAGUAAUCAAAGUCUCACUUAAAAACUGCGCAAAAUGUUGAGCGUAGAUUUUCAAACGAAUUUCCGAAAAUAUUCGAACCAAGGCUGUUGAUCCCUGUUUUAAAAAUAAUUAAUGCUAUGAUAAUUAACAGGUAAAGAUACUACAGGAUUCGUCAGUGGACUAUUUCAGAUUACCUAAUAAGUUUUUUUAACCACAACGGUGUGCUUUACACUCAGCAGGCUACGAGAUGAAUAAGCAUGGAUGAAAAAUUGCAAUGUACAGGAAACAUUGCGGAACCUUGACUUCUCCACGGGCGAAGAGUCUGCGAUUCACGGAUGAUCGACGAAACGUUAAUCUUUUUAUUCCCCACGCUAGGUCGGUAAUCAACGUGCUGGUCAGAUCUGGAGAAUCCUGUUACUCCAAACAGGAAAACAAUAACGAAGGGGUUAUUCAUUGGCCGUUAAAA